UUCAUUGCCACGAUGUAUGAUGUUUAUGUCUGAUAUUUGUUGGCCGUUAAUUCGUUGACUAAAAUAUUUUUAAGCACUACCAGCACAUUUUGGGAUAAAUUCAGUCAGUUACCCAUAAAUUUGAUUACUAUUGAAAGAAAUUUCAAAUAUUUGCUUUCAACUAGGAUUUCUUGGCUUUGGUUAAUGCACGGGCAGUUUUUAUCACUUUUCGCUACUGAUCCAGAGAUUGUAAUUACUACCUUAGUACAGAAGGAGUUCAUCAUAGGCAAGCAAACAUGUCAUUUAGUCUCUACUUUUCCCUAAAUGGUAAACACAAACUUAAGUCUUUUUCUGAUUUUUAUGGUUUAUUUACUUCUUCAUUCCAUUCUCAACGUCGUUUAGGUAUUACUUCGUCUCAUUAUGGAGUAGUAGGUUGGUGAUUUGCAUGUCCGUCACAUCCUAUGUACUUCGGUUUAGGCAGUCAUGUAGUGAUGCUCACACUGAGGUACUUCGUAGAUGGGUUUAUUUAGAUUUUUAAUUUGGUUCCAGUUCUAUUAAUGUAGUUGCUGAUUUCCAUUCUUACUCCAUGUUGUUUAAUGUUAUUCAUCAAAUACCGAAAAUAUUUAUCGUGUUGAAUCUUGAGCUUUUCAGUACCAUUUAUUGGUAAAGUCUGCCAAAGCAUUUUGCAGUUGCCAUUGGCUUUAGUCUUUUCUCCUCACACAUAAAUUGGAAUAAAGUGGCAUUUAGCUUGAAAUCCGAACCGGUAAUUUGUGGUUUGAUAAAAUUCGCAAUCCUCAGACGUCUCAUUAGUGAGAAUAGAGACGUAAGUUCUCAAUCAUUACCACAGUACAUACAGUAUGUUCACUGGAUUAAUAAAUAAUAGGUUCCGCUCACUUCGAUUUUUUAAAAACUGAUCAGAAUUUUUUUCUGAAAGAUGCUUAGGUUUGAACAAUGAUUACCAGGAAGCGUUCAUAUUCAUCACGUUCCCGUUCCAGGUCAUCAGGAUUCUACACACCAAGACGAAAAAACCGAUCCAGAUCUGGUGAACGCUCCAAGUUCAAUUUUUCGUUAAAAGAAAGAAAUCGACAGAGGUCACAUUCAAAAAAUCUUGACUACAGUCCUCGACGUUCUUUAAGUCCUGCUGAACGACAGUCAAAGUUUCAAAGACUUAGGAAACCUGAAAUACAGUCAAGUGUUAAUCCCAUCACUGACUUUCAAACUGAAGGUGUACGAACUACGACACGUGGCUCACAUUCUCCUUUAACUUUAACAGAACGUUUCACUCGUCUGACAAAUUCAGGGACGGCUGUAUACAAUAAACGCAGGUAUGGUCGUUUUGGAGAUAACCAUCGUCUUCCACAUCUUAUACUUACCAAUAAUACCAAGCUCCCCCCAGCAACACUUAUGCGUCAGGCUAAAGAAAUUUCAAUUGUCAUAGAAAGGACAUUUCCUCUUAAUAUGGACUUAUCACCACUUGAAAAACCUGUGUCAUUUGAUUUUCGUCAUAGUCACAUUAUAAUACCACGUCGCCCAAAUGAAGGUUACAAACCUGUAUUUGAUCGUCCUGGAUUGAAGUUUUACAAUACUGAAGCGGAUGAAGCUCAAAUUUACAAACGUUUAGCAGACACUAUUUCGUCCUCAAAUUCACGAAGACCCAAUUAUACAGAAAACAAAAAAGAAAGUGAGUAUCACGACAUAAGUCAUUUUACAGGUCCUGGUCGAUUUUAUGGCAGUCGAGUAGACGAACGUUUAAUAGAUUCAAAGCGUACUUAUUCUUUGGAUCCUUCAGAAACUCCAAAAGGACAGUCUUAUUAUCUUCAUGAUGAUCGAACAGACGAUGGGUAUGGUACAAGGCGCCGAUGGAAUAAUAAAUCCGACCGCUUAUACUCUUCUAGUUAUCGACGUGAUCGUCGAUCUCGUCGCAUUUCUCCCUCACCACCUAGUAAGUCACGUUCAUCUCGUUCGGAUAUAGCACCUAAAAAGUGGCUCCACGAUAAAUUCGAGGAGAUAGAAGGAGACAGUAGUUCACAAAAACCAAUCCCAAUGCCCGUUCCUGCUCCCAAACCUAUGUUAUGGUCUACUAUUGGGAAAGAAAUAUUAAAUGGAAAUAAAUCUGCUGUAAGUGAUGAUCAAAAUUACAGUCCGAAUAGCGCAGCUAACCAGUCACCACUAACAGACAAUGAAAAUGUGACAAAUACACUAGAAACAAAAGUACAAUCAGUUGUGGCCAAUUCGAUGGUUCAUAAUAAUGAAAAAGUUCCUACCAAGGAAGAGCAUUUUAAUAGUGAAGUUAUCCAUCUAGAUGUUGAUCAUGUAUUUGAUGAAGCUAUUGAACGAUGAUGUUUGUCUGAUUUGUACAGUCAGCAUUACAAAUUACGCAUUUUGUCCUGACAAUAAUCCCUUCUGUCUCUGUUAUAUUGCUCGGUUAUUCAAUUUGUUUAUAUAAGCAACGUGCGUGUGCAUUCUGAAUUGCGAUAUUUUUUGAUAUAGAUAAUUUUCAGAUGAAAGAUUUCAUGUAAACAAGCUUUUCAUUAAAGAACACAUUUCGUUCGUAUCAGAAACCGUUAAAAGCGUUUCAUAACACAUUUCGAAUAUAGU